AUGACUUCAGAGCUUGUGGGUGGAUGGAGGCGGGAGGAAGGCUGUGAGAGGACGGAUGCCAGCCUGGCUGUCUCAGGGGAGGUGGAAACACAUGGCCAUGCCAUUAGCAUUCUGUUCGGCUUCUGGAUGAGUUUCAUCUGCUACACCUACGUCGCCUUCACUGGGAACAGCAGGAUACAAAGCGGCUGUGGUAUCGGCGCCUCUUCUGAUGAACCACACACCAGACUACAGCAGAGCAGAAGGCAGGGCCAUGCAAAAGAGGACCAAAAUCAGGUGCCAGACGCAGGUGACAUCUUGACUCUCAGUUCUUUGGAUGCAGCUAUUUUAAUAGAGCCACUUUAUUGCAGCUAUUAUGACGUAAGGUUAUUCUGAUUUGGCUCCAAAAUUCAGCCAAUACAUGCUCAGCUUCUUAAAACAACAUGAUGAAGAAUAAGUCAGCAGCUCCUAAACUGCCUCAAGACACGUGUGGAAAGGUGUUCGCUUCGAAGGUGGGUAUUAGCCUAUGAGUCCUCUCUGAGUAAAGCGACUUCAAAGUUGGACGAAUGUAGCCAUCUGGCCUGGUGACUUAUGUGGAUGCAGUGAUGACUUC